UUGCCAACAGCCCUUCAUCUAAAACUUCUUCCUCUAAUGGCAUCUUUCUGCCCUACAAAUCCUGGAGUCACUCAUCCUGGCACUUAGAGAGAUGGUGCUUCAUGUAGGAAAGCACUUGGCAUGUACCAGGAAAUGAAAAGGCAUCAGUGCAGGAAACCAGGACACAGCCCCUACCAUUAGCUGGGAUGGUUCACAACUGACAUGAGCUGGUCAGAAAAUUAUGACUUGCACAAAGGUGCCUGUGGGCCUGGGGCAGUGCAGGACUGCUAUAAAAGGCAGCCCAAGUCUCUGCUCUUGCAUCCACUUCUCUCACCUCCUUCUCCUCGGGAAUCAGGUGCCCCUGUGAGCCAGAGACAUGUCGUGCUGCCAGCCCUGCAACCCUUGCUGCCAGCCCUGCGGCCCGACCCCGCUGGCCAACAGCUGCAAUGAGUGCUGUGUCAGGCAGUGCCAGGACUCCGUCGUUGCCAUCCAGCCCUCUGCUGUGGUGGUGACCCUGCCCGGGCCCAUCCUCAGCUCCUUCCCACAGAACACCGUGGUGGGAUCCUCCACCUCCGCUGCCGUUGGCAGCAUCCUCAGCUGUGACGGAGUGCCCAUCAACUCCGGGGGCUUUGACCUCUCCUGCAUCACCAACCGCUACAGGUGUCGGCCCUGCUAAAGCUGCUGGCAACGUCCUGGGGCAAGAACCUCCAAGACCUCACAACAUGGGGCUGGACUGAAAACAGAACUCCGGCACAUUGUGUUUCGAGCUUCAUGAUGAUGUUUCCUUCUCCCGCUCUCCCAUCUCUUUCCUUUGCUUCCUGUGUCUCCCCAGACCAGCCCAGAGGGAUCUGUUGUCCUCCCUCCCUCUGCAGGGCAGGCAGAUGGACACCCUGCAGGAGCUCCACUGCAUCUUAGUGGCUGCUCCUUUUGCUCCCUGUGAGCCACCUCCUUUGCUUCUUUAGACUCAUUAAAGUUGUUGUGCAUCCAA